AUGUUGAGGUCUCCAAGUGGCUACAGCUCGUCAAGCGCAGAUCACAUCGAAGGUGCCGUGAACAACUGCCUGAGGGGACUGGACAGAUCCCGAUGCCUUGUGGUCACUUCAGGUGCUCGUUGGACAGGUCGACAGCCAAGCUUCCCUGGUGCUAAGGUUCUUCAGAUUGACUGCAGGCAUUUCCAUGAUCCUGACAGCGACAGAUCGAUCCGAGGUUGCACUGGACGACAUCCUAGCAUUAUCCGAGGAGUUGCACUUCAUGAGGCAAUGAAUGACCUCGUUGAGCAGGUGACAGAUUUCUUGAGGGCUAACCCGAAUGGGAAGCUCGUGAUCCACUUGUACUGCACCAGUGGUCGUCAUCGCAGUGUUGGAUUGGCAGCUUUGAUCUACUACUUCUUGGACGUGACUGAUUGGAGGAAGCCUUUGCUGAUCCAUUAUCACAGCCCGGAGUGGCGUGAGAUGACUUGUGGAGGUCAUUGCAGUCUUUGUGCAACAGCCGACACCAGAGAGCUUGGAAACUUGAUGAACAGGCAUCUUCCUGACGUGCGUGUUGUGGAUGUGGAUGAACCUGAUAGGGCCUACUACAACGGCGACGAGAUCUAUCCCCACGUUGACACCAUCCAGGACUGUGCCAGUUCCAGUCCGUGUAUGUUCCAGCAUAUCCACCUCCAAGCCGUAGUGCUCGAGACUCAUCUCGUGGAGGAGCACAUCACGAAGGAGACGAACGAGGCCGUGAUUAUGGAGGACAAGACCGACCAGAAGAAGAUCCUCUUCGAGCGGCAGGCGUGGUCGGCGAUCUCGAAGCAGCCACCGAUUCGACACCCAUGUGAUGAGUCUCAGCGUCAGCGACUUGAGAGGGAACUCCGCGACAUCUUGAACGACAACAGCGGAGACCCAUAUCGCUGGAAUGUCGAUGAAGACAUCCUUUCUUGGAUCAUCUCUUCUGCAAAACUGUGGGGAAACAGAGAUCGGGUGAUCUGGAUUACAGACCCCAGCCUUCCUCAUGAGGAGCAGCAGCAGCAAGGCAUCAGGGUGGACAUCAAGCUCAGAUCCCACGUGAGGAGCACUUUGAUUUCAGGUGGCAAAUGGAUGAAUCGACAGGGUUGGGUGAAAUCGUCAUUCUAUCGACCACGUGAUUCCGCAGGAACAUUGUGGAACAGACUUCAACGGGAAGAAGCUGUUGGAGAGAACGUCGAUCUCCCGACUACUUGGGCCGAUUUGGUGAUCUUCUCACAUCGAGACGUGCGCCCGCGAGCAUAUACGGGGCGCGUGGUUUUGUUGUCAGGUGAUCAGGGUUUUGAGGGCAGUAUCGCACCAAAAACGGGGCCCCAAAACGCACCAAAAACGGAGCCCCAAAACGCACCAAAAACGGAGCCCCAAAAGAGCCAGAAAUAUGUCCCCAAAACAAAAGUCCAUUUGCAGAGUCGAAAGAAUCCUCCAACUCCACCACAGCCAAGUCGGUUUAUGAUUUGUACAGAUGAUGACAUGUUCAAGGGAAACCCCAAGAUUCAGACCCCGAAAGAUGAGUCAACCGACUAUAGCACAAGUUCAUCCGAUGAGAGCCCUGUUGCCAAACCUGUGAAAAGCAAAUCCUCCAAUGGAAAGCCUUGUCAUGAGAAAACCCCCAAGGAUGAAGUGAUCAUCAAAACCGAACCCGGUGAUGUACUGCCAGUUGGACUCAUGGCCAGAGAUCCAGAUGGUCCCAACAUGCAUGAAGUUGUUCUGGACUCUGACACCGAUGUUGAAGUGCAUGAACAUGGUCCAAUUGCCAUCCAACCCAAUGAGAGAGUCACCAUGGGUAGGAAACACCGUAAAGCAGUGUUGGACGGUAUUGCCAAUUUGAACAAGAACGACAUGAUGAUCCAGAGUGGACUUGGUUUGAUUUCCAAUCCCAAUCGAGAUAGCAAGACAGUUGUUUUCACUUCCCAUCCGUUCGUGUUCGUCCAGGAGUCUGGCCAGCCUUCGGUCGACGUGAUCGACGUUGGUGUGGGGGCCAGUCAUCUUGACCCUGAAUUUGACCCCAAAGAUUUUUGUAAUCUGUUGGAGGGGUAUCAAAACAUUGUCAUUGCCAUUGGAUACAACAACCCAAAUGAUCCAUUGGGACAUGGUCGUUUUCUGGCAGAAGUGGAGUUGAUGUGCGACUUGGACAAUUGCAAGUUUCUGCACAUAGAUGUUGCCAUGACUGAUCGAUGGGAGAAACAUCAACACCCCCAAACACCAUAUAUCAAUGACCAUGGUUUGGCAUUCACAUGCAAUGACGAACAGUGGACCCAUGAGUUUGAAUCUUGGUUUCGUGGACAGACGAUGGACGAUGUCUUGUCUUGGAAGUUUGCAGAUUGGAUUGGGAGUUGGGCCAAGGAAGAUGAUUUGAACCAUCAAAUGGGGAUAGCGUUUGUGGGGGACAUGCAUGAAGAAGCACAUGAAGAGCAUCAACGACUUGACGCCCUCUGGGACUCCGAUGACAGAGCCCAGGUGAACCCUGUUGAGGAACUGAUUUCUGAGGAAACCCUCAUUGACGAAGUCGAGAUUCCAGGACUUCCACAAGAUGAGGUGGAGAGACGCAGGCAGUGGAGAAAGCUUCCAGCCAGAGUGAGGAUCGCUGUCAGGCGACUUCACCGUCAGUUUGGUCAUGUGCCGAGGCAGACCAUGAUCCACUUGCUUCGUGCUGCCAGGGUUCGAACAGAGUUAUUGAUGCAGUAA